GACCUUAUCCACCAACCACCCCGACGACUGGUCGCGAGCUCCCCCUCUCCCUCCCUCUCGUAACAUUCAGUCAUCCACUGCUCCUCAGUCCUCUCCGCCACCGACGCUCACGCGACAUCCCCCGUCCCUCACCGGAGACGCGCGAGCGCCCCGCUCCCGGGAGCACUCGCUAAAGAUGGCUCCCGCCUUCGCCGCCGCACCUUCCUCCUCCAUAUGCGGCGUUCGCAUCCCAAAGGCGUGCCAUUUCGAAGCGCAGAGUACGGUUCCCAAGCCUAGAUUUCUGCGUAAUCGGGUGGCAGCUAAAACACGGUCUGAUGCAACUUGGUCCUUGAAGGCUGGCCUGUGGGAUUCUCUCAGAUCCGGAUUCUUGAAAAAUAAUAACAGUACAGAGACAGUAGAGCCACCACCAGCACCACUUGAAGUCGAAGAACCUUUACCUGAAGAAUUAGUACUCCUGGAAAGAACACUACCUGAUGGUAGCACAGAACAGAUUCUAUUUUCUUCAGCUGGAGAUGUUGAUGUAUAUGAUCUUCAAGCCUUAUGCGAUAAGGUAGGAUGGCCACGCAGACCUCUAUCAAAAAUAGCAGCAUCCUUAAGAAACAGCUACUUGGUUGCUACUUUACAUUCGAUAAUUAAGUCUUCAGAAACAGAGGGAGGAGAGAAGAAACAGCUCAUUGGGAUGGCACGUGCAACCUCAGACCAUGCCUUCAAUGCUACAAUUUGGGAUGUUCUUGUUGAUCCUUCAUAUCAGGGUCAAGGUCUUGGUAAAGCACUUAUGGAGAAAGUAAUCCGUACUUUGCUCCAGAGAGACAUCAACAACAUUACAUUGUUUGCAGAUAAUAAAGUUGUAGAUUUCUACAAGAACUUGGGAUUCGAAGUUGAUCCUCAAGGCAUCAAGGGCAUGUUCUGGUACCCCAGAUUUUAGUGCCAGCAGCCAGAUAGAUCGUUCCUGAGGUAUCCCCCAAUCCGAAAGGGUAAUGCCAUGUCAAAGUGAGAGGUCAGGGCUCCACGCCCGGAUCAUGGAUCGCCCUUCACAUUUCAUCCUGGUGAGAAACCACAAUUUUCUCCAAUGCUGAAGUGAUUGGUCGGUCGGCUCAGCUCGGCUCACCCCUGUAACCAUAAUCGGAGCAAAACACGCUAUUUGCAAUACCCGGGUUUCAUACAUGCACUCUGGGCUCUGUCCAUCUGUAUGUAGCAUUUCCUACAUACAGAUGUCCAUGUAGACGACAUCAGUCUGUACUGUACUGUAUUUGGGAAAGAAAUUGCUCUCCAUCAACGUCUCUGUAACUUGACUAA